UGUCGGUUAAUAGUUGUGGACUCUCUCGGGUCCUUUUUAUAAGACCCAUUUUAUCUAAUUCACGCAUAUCCUCAUUUAUGAAUGUCUUUUCGAACCGUGGCCGAAGACAUUCUCGGACUUGUUAAAGUUCUAGUCCGACUUAAUUGUCUAAUUCUUUAUGAUUCUAAUUUCGUUGAUAUCGUUAAGUUUGUUUUAAAUUUAUUUUUUUCUUAAAAAUUAUUCCUACAUUUAGUAGACUCUUAUUCUAUUAACGCCUUAUUGAAUUAAGAAAAACAAUAAAUACAAUAUAUAUAUAUAUAUUUAACGAUUGCUUUUUAGAAACAUCGAGGAGGGAGUAUUUUUUCUGGGGUAAAAUUAUCAAUGUAUUAAUUUGAAUGAAUUUGUCGUAGAAAUCUAAAAAAAAAAAAAAAAAUUUAAAGCAAAUCGUGCACUGUUUAUUUUUCAUACAUUAAUAAAUGUGGGAAAUGUUAAAAUCAACUGCUCGGGAUACAGUUGAUGGAGGAGGCAUAGGCCUAGCCCACCACAAUGUGCAUACAUAAGUACACUUGAUUAUUUCAGUUUAAUGAAUGAUUUCUAAUUGACAUUUUAGAAGAAGAGUUUUAUUCCAUAUAAAUAGUUUUUAACAUUUUCAAACAGGAUUGUUAUGAUCUAGUACCAAACUUAUCUGUGCCAUGCUCUGACACGAAUAUGGAAAUUCUCACUGUAGGUGUACUGAUCCGUUUCAAAUUCUUAGGCCAUGUAGUACCUGUUACUAAAACAAGUCUUCUAUUAUUGAAUGAGAGGACUUAUAUUAUUUUUUCACUAAUGAUUGAUGCCUCUUCCUUAAUAAGGAACUCUGUUGUGAUGAUUUUGAGUUAAAUUACAAGUUUGUUGUUACCAAAAUAGAGUACUUUUGGUGGGGGCCAAAGGGGGAGAUGUCAGUUCGUAGGUAGGUGCAAUGUAGUCUCUGCAGGCAACACGAGCCACGAGAAUCCAGUAACUCUCAUCUCAUGACUGAUGUCACCACCGUGAACCGUUUCACUAGAAGACAUAGAUGCAGAAGGGAGUGGCAUGUCGAGAUUCAACAGUGAUAGCUUUGGGGUUUUUUUGUUUGUUUGUUUUGGCUUUAUUUUUCAUCCUUUUCUACCGUUUUGGGGUCCUCAAGUCAAAAGAGUUAGUAGUCAAGCACAAUCCCCUCUCUCUGCCCCACAAGAAAGCGAAAUUACAAACACGUUGUCUCCUUAGAUUCCCUUCUUUUUUUUCCACUUGUAAUGCACUCUCUUUGAUUUCCUACAUCAACUGGUGGGGACUGCCCUGCCCUUGUUUCUUUUGUCAGGAUUCUCUUGCAUUCACUAUAUACCAAAGGAGAGGCCUAGGCCUGAGUUACAGAGAACAAUUAAUUAAAUCCGAGGCCUCAACACAUAUCCAUCACCAGAAAUAGAAAAGAAGAAACUCGAUUCUCUCUCUGUCUCUCUGUCUUUCUUUCCCAUCUGUUCUUUAACCUGCAGCCACCCUUUUGGUUUUUCUCUCUCAGAUGAACACAGUCAUCUCUAGAAGCUCUCAAGAAAUGUCCUCCAAGAGGCACCACUUUCACUGGACAAACAAGGUUGGCACUGAAGAUGGUGAAGCUCCCACUUCGGAGUCAUUCUCAACACUCAUCAAGGAGGAGAAGAAAGAGGAUGAAAAAGUCAUUGCUCCUGAGGCUCCAGCACCUGCAGCCACAGCACAUGCAACAAGGAGGAAGCUGCAAGCAGUAGCAGUGUCCAGGAUUCGCUCUGUUCUCACUGUGUUCAACAAGAAUCGUUUGAACUCGUCUUCUGGCCUUGGCUCUCGUGUAGUUGGCACCCUCUUUGGAUAUAGACGUGGCCAUGUACAUUUUGCAUUUCAAAAGGACCCCACUUCGCAACCAGCCUUCCUGAUUGAGCUUGCGACACCGAUCAGUGCUUUGGUUCGUGAAAUGGCAUCAGGGUUGGUCAGAAUUGCCCUGGAGUGUGACAAGGAGAAAGGAACAGAGAAGAAGGGUGUGAGGUUGCUGGAAGAGCCUGUGUGGAGGACAUACUGCAAUGGCAAGAAGUGUGGUUUUGCCAACAGAAGAGAGUGUGGACCAAAGGAUUGGGAUAUCCUCAAAGCCGUGGAACCAAUUUCAAUGGGUGCAGGUGUUCUGCCAGGAAAUAAUAAUGAUAAUAAUGGAGCUGAAGCAGGGUCAGAGGGUGAAAUCAUGUACAUGAGGGCCAAGUUUGAGAGAAUUGUUGGGUCUAGAGACUCUGAAGCUUUCUACAUGAUGAAUCCUGAUAGCAAUGGAGCUCCUGAGCUCAGUGUCUACUUGCUUAGAGUCUAGCAACCUUGCAAGCUAUGUUCUUUCUUAUCCUGUCAUGGGUAUCUCCAGCCUCUCGCUCACAUAGUGUAACUGCCGCUGGCAUGACGAGUUCUAGCACCCGUUGCAGGCUAUGUUUAUUGUACUUAGUUUUCCUCUUUGUUUUGGGUUAUUGGUAUACUACUAUUUGCUUAGGUCUUCAAUCAUGAAGAUGGUGAUCUAGUCAUCUCCAGAUUUUUCUUUUCUUUUUUGUUUACUUUUUUUUUUCCUGUGGUACAAGGAGUGGGUUACUUUUUUUUUUGUUAGAGUAGGCUAAGUCAGGAAGGUGGGAAAUAGUGGGUAACCAAUACUUUACAGCAUGGUUGUGUGAGGUGGGGCAAGAAAGGUGUAUAUGUGUCAUUUUUCCUUUCCAAUCCUUUAAUUAAUGAUGAGGGACAGAGGUUAAUGCAAAUCAUCAUUGUCUUCCCAUUUUUAGGUGGUUGAAUAACUUUCAAUAACUUUCAUUUUAAUCAAUUCCAAAUGGUGAA